AUGAAAAUUCUAAGCAUUUCAUCUCAAAUUUCUCUCUUCUGCCUCAUUUCAGUCGCUAGAGGUUAUUUAGUCUUUGAAACCACAUGUUCUAAACCUCCCAGCGGCGUAAACUUUGUGUCUUCUCCUAACUUUCGGGGCACGCUGGAUAUACUUUGGAGCUCGCUGUUCACAAUAUUCGCUUGUACUUGGACCCUUCAGCAUCCCAAUGUUCCAGAGCAACGCCAUGGCUAUAGACAUAAUUUUAAUGGCAUUAACCAGACAUCUGGAUGGAAAGAAAAUGUCGCUUGGAAAUUAAAACACUUUCUCAGGGCUACAAAUGCGUUUAUACUGACAAUCCUUGCGCCCGAAAUUAUAAUUGGCGUGGCUUAUAACGUCCGUCUCCAAGCUCGUGAAGACCACCCCAUAUUCCUGCGGCUUGCGAGCCAAGAUCGCGUCAGAUGGUCUCUAACUCAUACUUACUAUGCAAAUAUGGGGGGGUUUGUUAUAGAGAAAGACGAAGGGGGAGAAAACGUAGGCGAAUACAAUCUGCAUCACCUUUCUGGAAGGGAUCUCAUCAAACUCCGAGAAAGGAAUCAAGUCGCCAGAUUACCCGACAUCACUGAAGAAGAACUCAUGGAUAGAGCUAAAGAUGAUCCCUUCAUCAGGACAAUUUCAGUUGCCCAAAUUAUAUGGUCCACAAUACAAAUCCUUACUCGUGCUAUAAGGAAACUCUCCAUCUGUCCGCUUGAGCUGGCCGUUUUAGCCUUUGCAGCCUGUGCAAUGAUUAUAUACGGCCUGUAUUGGGAUAAGCCAAAGUCUAUCGGCGUAUCGACUACCAUUUCUUUGCAGCAUCAAGACUACCACACAUGGGUGACAAAUGAGCUUAAACAAGACGACGACGACGAUACGAUUAUCAAUAUGGUGCUUCCUGUGGAUAAAAGGCCAUUCGGUGCACCAAUCAACGUCGCUGAUGGCCGAGCCUCAAGUGACAGUAAGAAAUUUGCAAUUCCAACUGCAGCGGCAAUGCUGGCAGCAAUGAUUCUGUUUGGCGCAAUUCACAUUGGAGCAUGGAAUUUCACCUUUCCUUCAACGUUCGAGUUAUAUCUAUGGAGAUGCGCAAUCUUGCUCCUAUACACUGCAUCCCGACUAAUCAUUCUUGUUGAAAUAUUUCGAACGCUCUGCUUUCUUCCUCCCGAUGCGUUUGUUUCGACUUGGGCCUCUGAUCUUCCUCACACGGCUUAA